CUUCUGAACUUUUACAAUGGGGGAACUCAAAUUUUUUAUUGCCACUCUACUUCUUUUGAUGCUACGAAAGAAACUGUUAUCUCCAGCAGCCCCUAAAGCCCAGGAGUCCAGUAAAUCAUCAGACAGACUCAUGACUGAAAAACAGCGGGAAGAAGCAGAAUGGGAAAGCAUAAAUGUGCUCUUGAUGACGCGUGGCUUAAAACCUUUGUCUCUAGUCCAAAGAACAGAUCUUACAGAUCUCAUCAUUUUUGACAAACAGUCAUCGAAAAGGAUGAGACAGAAUUUGAAAACGUUGGUGGAAGAAACAACACGUCAACAGAACAUGAUCCAGGAGCUCAUAGAAACUAAUCAGCAACUUAAAAAUGAACUUCAGCUAGAGCAAAGCCGAGCAGCAGACCAGGAACAACGAGCUAAUGACUUGGAACAAAUUUUGGAGAGUGUGAAAUCCAAAAUUGGUGAAUUGGAGGAUGAAUCCCUUAAUAGGGCUUGCCAGCAACAGAAUAAAAUAAAAGAUCUUCAAAUGGAGCAUAAAGCUUUACAGGCAAAAUGUCACCAUUAUAAGAAAAAACGAAUGGAGCAACAAGAGACUAUUGCUUCUUUGCAAAAGGAUAUCUGUAGAUUAACAAAGGAGGAAGAAGAGCGCAUUGUCACUCAAAACAGAGUGUUUGCUUCUCUCUGCAAGAGAGUUCCUCAUACCAUCUUGGAUAGACAGUUGCUUUGCCUAAUUGAUUACUAUGAAUCUAAAAUUAGAAGAUUUCAUGAACAGAGGCGGUAUAAAGAAGAUGAAAGUCAGUCAGAAGAAGAAAAAGACUACAGAAGUCUGGAUGCUUCAGCAACCUACAAAGGCCUUCUAAUGUCAUUGCAGAAUGAACUCAAAGAAUCGAAAUCCAAGCUUGAUGUACUUUUAAGUGAAAAGCUGAAUCUCCAAAAAGAUUUGGAAAGCAGGCCCACACAGCAUGAAUUACGACUUUAUAAACAACAGGUGAAGAAACUGGAGAAAGCCCUUAAGAAAAACAUCAAAUUACAGGAUAUUAUUGGCCAAAGAAAGGCUGAGGACACUGAGAAAAAAGAUGAGCCCAGCAAGGAUAAUCUGCAGCAGGCCCUAAUUGACCAGAGAUACUUUCAGGUGCUGAGUAGCAUCAAUUCAAUUAUUCACAAUCCAAGAGCUCCAGUAAUAAUUUAUAAACAGAGCAGAGGAGCCCAACAUUUCAAUAAAGAGCUUGUUCAAGAUUGUGGAUUUGAGCAUCUUGUUCCUAUAAUAGAAAUGUGGGCAGAUCAACUGACUUCCCUCAAGGAUUUAUAUAAGUCCUUGAAAAUACUAUCUGCAGAACUAGUGCCUUGGCAUAAUUUAAAGAAGCAGGAUGAAAAUGAAGGGAUCAGAGUUGAAGAUCUGUUGUUUAUAGUAGAUACCAUGUUGGAAGAAGUUGAAAAUAAGGAAAAGGACAGCAAUAUGCCAGACUUUCAAACUUUGCAAGCUAUUGUUUCUCACUUCCAAAAAUUAUUUGAUGUGCCUUCUUUAAAUGGAGUCUAUCCCCGAAUGCAUGAAGUUUAUACUAGGCUUGGAGAAAUGAACAAUGCUGUGAGAAACCUCCAAGAACUCUUAGAAUUAGAUAGUUCAUCCUCAUUGUGUGUGCUGGUGAGCACAGUUGGAAAAUUGUGUAGGCUGAUUAAUGAGGAUGUGAGUGAACAGGUUACGCAGGUAUUGGGACCUGAAGACCUCCAGAGCAUUAUCAACAAAUUGGAAGAACAUGAGGAAUUUUUCCCAGCAUUUCAGGCCUUUACUAAUGACCUUCUUGAAAUCUUAGCUCAUUUGAAAAAAAGUUUUUUUAAAGAAUGGCUUCUUGACAUAGAGUAAAUUAGAGGAGGAAAUGAGGUAUAGUAGAAGAUAAAGGAAUGAGUAAAUUAAAAUUUGGAAAGAAUUUGGAUAAAUGAAAACAGUAUCUGACUGGAGUACUUAGGUGAGUGAAUAUAAAGGAAGUUUCGUGGCCAGUUUUCUGUAGUCUGUGAAAGCAAAUGAGGCAGUGAGUGAGCGUGCUUCAGAGAUGCUGGUAUGUUUGAAAAGGUCAUAGGAAGGGAAAAUGUAAUCUGAAGGUUAAACUCAAGAUGAGACAUGAAAUUAUAGAAAUGUGUUGCCUCAUAUCUCCAAGAGCCUUGUUUCAUAGAAUAAUAUGAUUUUAGUUGCUUUGGGGUAACAAUUAACUUAAACAGUGAGGUUCUCAUCAUUAAUAAACAUUUUAAUAGUUGUGCUAGUAACACUUAUUUCAGAAUUCUUCUGUAGAAACCUCCUCUCAGAUAUUAUGAUACUUGGUAUGGGGCUUGUGGGAUCAUUUGCUUCAAGAAACCAAGUCAUCCUGCAGAUGAACUCCAUAUUUUGGUCACAGUUGAAAUUCUUGAGUUAAAUAUUAUAUUUAACAUUGUGAAAGUUAAAUUUGUUUUGGCAAGCAUGAAUAUUUUUAUUAUUACUAGAUGUCGUGUUAAGCAUCUAGAACAACAGAGCGGUGUACCAAAUACCAGAUAUGAAGAAGGUCUGUCUUUUUCUCAUAGAGGGAUGUGAUUAGCUGAAAAAAUUCUCCUAUCAGCCAAGAGCCUUCUCUGUGAGGUUCAUUUGUAAGGCAGAUUUCUCAUUUAGUGAGAAAACAGGUGUGAUUUCAGAAUGGGGGGUCAGAUUAUAAUUUGAUCUUGUACCUUACCACAAUGUAAGGCGUGAACCAAAUUCUCUGUUGUAGAUUUGCUUUAUUUUUUUCCUUUCCUAUAUCUUGAUGCUGUAUUUAUAAGUGGAUCCAGACAAGUAUUCUGACUGAAGUCAGGAGCUUAAACAUCAUGAGUCAUGUGUUUAGGCUAAAGGAAGAACAACCAAAAUCCAGCUAAAUGUGGAGGGAGAGAGGUAGGAUCCAAGGAGGCAUGUUUUAUGUAAAGGAAAUGAGUUUAUGAGAACAGUAAGCUAGCAGAAUAAUCUAGGAAAAAGUGGUGAGAAUCUAGAGAACUUGCCACUGGGACUUAACUUAAGUAGGGCUGGAGUCUAGAUAAUGAGAGAAAGCACCGCUUCCUCAGCAGUCAGGAACCUUCAGACAGUGAAUUCUAAGUUAUGCUGGUUAGAAGAAGGUAGUCUUAGGAAGAGAAAUCAAAUUCAGACAGAACCCGGCAGAGAAGAACCUGCACUGGUUUAUCUGGUAAGCUGGGCCGGGCUAAGCUCUAUGAGACAUUGCACCUGAGCUUUGUACUUGGAGAAGCCUCACACCUUUUAUUAGGUAGAUGUGUUUCAUCCUAAAGGUGGACCUAAGAGGGACUCUACUCAUGAGAAAUCUUUCCAGGAGAAUUAAGGAUACAACUGUGUUCCAUGAGAAGAAAUCCCAAAGUCUUCAGAUGGAGACCCAUGAAAGAGACAGCCUCUACCUGGGAUUUCACUAUGUGGGCUCACCCAAGUAACCACAGAGACUUAAAGAGGCAAUAGCAUAAUAUCGUAAAUGUGGCCAGUAGGGUCUGUUAAUAGGAGCACAUUGCUAAUGAGAUUAAUAUCACACUUAGAGGAUGCUUGUAGGUAGGUGGUAGCUAUACAGACAGAUGCCCUGUGAAACAUCUGUGUCUGAGUCACUGAUACUCUUAUCACCACUGUUGGAGAAAAUUUCAUGUGCCCAAAAGCACUAGUGUUGUUGCCUUUGUGUUUGAGGUUUGCCUUUGCAUAGAGAUUCUCAUUUCGUCUGAGUCUGUCACUAGAUAAAGCUACUCUUUUAUUAUUCUU